UGUCCGCCCUCAUCCCACCAUUUCACUUCACAAACCAAGAGGUAGAAGAGUCCGCACUCUGCUUUUAAUUCAUCCUCUCCUCAGAAAAGAGCAGGUCAAACUCGUAUACCAAAGAGAGAAGACAAGAGAUGGGUAACAGCAUAGGGGGCAAGAAGAGGACCGCGAAGGUGAUGAAGAUAGACGGGACCGCGUUCCGUCUCAAGCCGCCGGCCAUGGCCGGAGGCGUUCUCCGGGAUUACCCGGGGUACAGCCUCCUCGAGUCCGAGGAAGUCAAGCAGCUGGGCCUCCGGGCGCGGCCGCUCGAGCCCGAGGCUCUCCUCAAGCCGGGGAAGCUCUACUUCCUCGUAGAGCUUCCCCGGCUCCCGAACCAGCGACGCACCUGGUCCGGGGCGCUCCAUGUGAGCGCCAAGGAGCGGCUGGAGAACCUCAUGCUCUCCCGCCGCUCCGUCUCGGACCUCUCUCUCGCCAACACGGCCGCCGAUGGCGCGGUCCGCCUCCGCAUGAGGCUGCCAAAGGCUCAGGUGGCGAAGUUCAUGGAGGAGAGCAAGGAUUCGGCGGAGGCGGCCGAGAAGCUCAUGGGGCUCUGCCUCGCCAAAGGUGGCAACACGGCCGAGGUGCCGCCGACUGUGAAAACCGGGCGGAAGGAGAAGCGAACAAGAUUUGUGGCCACACCGGAUGAGAUAAUUGCCUAAUCUACCUUCCAGGCGUUUCAAAUUCUAGAGCAUUUUGCUGCUUCAGGUCAAGCCUGGGGGCCAUCUCAAGGAGCAGAUGAAUCAUAGGAUACCUCCUGUCUUUUUGCCUAGGAUUGCGGAUCGAACAUGUGAAGCUGCUCAUGGCCUCCUAUCCUCCUGCAAUUGCCUUAUCUUAGCCUUUGCUACACUCCAGCUAACAGAAUUUAAUGAUAGGAAAGAGGCAUGGAAGGUGGAUUGCUAUGUGAAAAGAGUUGUGUUUUUUUUUUUUUUUUUUUUUCCUAUCAGAAAAAAAGACAGACUUGUCUGAUGGGGUUUGUCUCCCUUUCUCUGUAAUGUAUAAUAAUAUUAGCUUCUCUUCUUCAAAUAUAUGCAACAAAGUAUCAAGGGUCUUUUGAAAAAA